AUGUGGCGCGAUUGCUACAAACUCCCAGAUGGAUGGCCCCCUGCUCAAGGCCAAGAGGGUAGAGGAGUAGGAGGAGGGAGAGGAAGAGGCCGUGGAGGCCGUGGCGGUCGCGGAGGUGGUGCUGCAAACAUGAAUAGUGGAGAUAAUGACGAGGACUCGAGCGGCGAUCGGUACCCGGGUCAAUUCUACUUUGUGUCAAUGCAAGCACCGGUAGCACCAGAGAAGGAUGAAGACUUUGAAGAGCCUGCAGCUGUGGGAAAUGUCACCCUACACCCCCUGGACUAUUGGCGAGCAGAGGUGAAAAGCAUGGGCAAGGCCAUGUUCAAGGGUGCUGAUGGGAAGAUGGUGGGCCUUAAGAACGUGCUUUGGGUGCUCAGCCUUGCUGCCAACCUGAUUUCCGUGCGGCGAUUGGCAAAGGCCGGCAUGGACACGAACUCGAAGGGAGCCAAGACUUAUACCGCGAGGCUUUGCGAGCGGAUUCUAUGGGACCUUCAGGAGGAUAGGGAUGUCUACAUCGAGAUGUGGCAGAUCCCUAUGGUCCCCAUGCCUAAGGAGAGGCAAGUGGCAGCAAGCGUCAGCACCAAGGGUGAAGCGGUUGGUAGUGGUGAUGGCGCGAACGGUCGUGCUAAGGAGAACGAGUCCAAGAAGAGCAAAUCUUGGAGGGACCAGCAAGCUCGAUGA